CAGUCAAUAACAAAUCAAUAAAAUGCAUUAUGAUAGGUAUGAUGGUCCAUCAAAAAGGUCAAGAAUUGAUUAUUAUGGAGGCAUGGUAAAAACGUAUCAACUGGGAAACUUUGGAGACCAUGGGUCAAGUAUUAAACUAGCACCGGUAACAACAGAAAAAGAACAGAAUGUCUUGACUUGUUUGCAAGUUAAUGGAACCAGCGAUAUCGCUAUAGAACCACAAACUGUUCUACCAUCUUUAGUUGGAUUUGAGUGUAUUGGAGCCGAGAUGAUUAAUGGAGUAAAUGCAGAGAAGUGGCAAUUGAUUCAACAAAUUGGACAAAAAGUAAACAAAUAUACCAUGUGGAUGGUUUACAAGAAUGUCUUAGAAAACUCCGAUGAACCAAUUGCAGUACCAGUGCGAUAUGAAAUGAAGGGGUUCAAUUCACUGCUUGGCAGUCAUUAUGAUCAUUACUAUUUGGAUUACGAUUCCUACGAUGUGGAUACUAUAAGCCCUAGCACAUUUGAAUUUAGUGCGAACUUAACGUGUGGAUCGUUCCCUGGUCCUGGCAUUAAUCAUUUGUACACUUUCAAUCCAAUGGCCGAAUUUGUACAUCCUGUCGAGACCAGACAUGUUGAUGCCGAAUUCGACAAGUUUAUGACGAAACACGGUAAAAAAUAUCAGGGCGAGAAAGAACUCGAAGAACGCAAGGAGGUGUUCAGGCAAAAUAUAAGAUUUAUCCAUUCUGUCAACAGGCAAAAUAAAGGUUUUACGUUGAGUGUAAAUCAUCUUGCUGAUAAAACUGAAUUAGAAAUGAAGGCGCUCCGUGGUAGAAAGUAUUCAGGAGGAUACAACGGAGGGGCUCCCUUCCCUUAUAAAAAUAUUGAUAGGACAGCGCUCCCGUCAGAUUUUGAUUGGAGGAUUUAUGGCGCUGUAACACCCGUUAAAGACCAGUCUGUUUGUGGUUCAUGUUGGUCAUUCGGAACGAUUGGAGCUAUUGAAGGGGCUUAUUUUUUAAAAACAAAGGGAAAAUUGGUUAGGCUGUCGCAACAAGCCUUAAUAGACUGUUCUUGGGGGUAUGGUAAUAACGGUUGCGAUGGCGGAGAAGAUUUCAGGUCUUAUCAGUGGAUGUUGAAACAUGGAGGGGUGCCUACUGAGGAGGAAUAUGGUCCCUAUUUAGGCCAAGAUGGUUAUUGUCAUGUGCAAAACGUUUCUUUGAUUGCCCCCAUCACUGGCUAUGUUAAUGUGACACCAAACGAGAUAAAUGCACUUCGUUUGGCGAUUGUAAAACACGGCCCUAUUAGCGUGUCGAUUGACGCUGGACAUCGUACUUUUAGUUUUUAUUCGAAUGGGGUGUAUUACGAAAAUGAAUGCCAUAACGCUGUGGAUCAAUUAGACCAUGCCGUUUUGGCAGUAGGCUACGGUACGUUGAAUGGCAAAGAUUAUUGGCUUAUUAAAAACAGUUGGUCGAACUACUGGGGCAACGAUGGUUACGUAUUAAUGUCCGCUGAAAAUAACAAUUGCGGCGUGAUGACAACCCCUACAUACGUGACCAUGUAAAUUCAAUCGAAUAGAUCCAUAUCUAGUUUAAAUUCACGUUGUGUUGUUAAAAAUAUGUACGUACGUGUUAUUGAUUGCUAUCAGUUUUUUUUUUUAAUAAAUGAUACUCUAGUUCUUUUUUAAA